AUGUGAGGCAAGUGUCAAAUACAAUCCCGCUUCCUGACAAUGAACAGCUCAAGGCAAACAUCUGGAAUAGGAUUCAUCUAGAUUCAGAAAAUGUCCAAGGCGGUCUCUGUAUUCCUGGCAGUCCUCUGCUGUCUGGUGCUCAGAUCCUCUUACUGUAAAGGCAGUAAGAUCCUGGUGUUGCCUGUUGAUGGCAGCCACUGGAUCAACAUGAAGGUUAUCCUGGAACAGCUUCACUCCAGGGGUCACGAAAUCACCGUUUUGCACUCUGCCAAAAGCUGGUACAUCACCAAUAACCCUUCCAUUUACACCUCAAUUCAUAUUCCAUCAAUCCUCGAUGAGAUGGACAGGAACUUUUACGUGAAAAUGAUGCAGGAUGUCAUGGACUGCCGUGGCCAUCCUACUUUUAUACGCUCAUUUUGUCAACACAAAUUGAUGACAAUGCUGUUAAAAGACAUGCAUAAGAUCUCGGCGAUAAUGGCCAAUAAUAUUUUUGAGGAUGAAACACUAAUGAAGACACUCAAGGAUACCAAGUUUGACCUCAUGUUGAUAGACCCUGUGUUUCCUAUGGGGGUUAUUCUUGGUGGUUACCUCAAGCUGCCAAUAGUUUGUAAUGUCCUCUGGAUUAAUAAUGGAAACAGUCAUCAAACCAUAGCUCCAUCUCCUGUCUCCUAUGUCCCUGUAUCAGGAAGUGAACUUCAUGAUCAGAUGGAUUUUCUAGAGAGGACAAAGAAUAUGUUGCAUUAUCUCUACAGCCUUUAUGAGUUGUAUGUUGUCAUUAACCCAACCUACAAAGAUCUCUUCCAGAAACACUUCCCUCCUGGGACUGACUUGGUGUCUUUGGAGCUCUCAGUUGAUAUCUGGCUUUGUAGAGGAGAUUUUAUCCUUGACUUCCCCAGGCCCACCAUGCCCAACAUGGUGUAUAUAGGGGGCUUCCAGUGCAAGGAGGCCCAACCUCUCCCUGAUGAGUUGGAGACAUUCAUGCAGAGCUCUGGAGAUCAUGGGGUGGUGGUCAUGUCUGUAGGGGCAUUUGUGUCAGCUCUGCCCUCUGAGAUCACAGAAGCCAUUGCUGCUGCUUUUGCUGAGCUCCCACAGAAAGUGAUUUGGCGUUUUGAAGGUGACAAACCUUCAUCUUUAGGAAAAAACACCAAGCUGGUGAAAUGGUUUCCCCAGAAUGAUCUCCUGGGACAUCCUAAGACUAAAGUCUUCAUAGCCCAUGGAGGAAACAAUGGCUUGUAUGAGGCCAUCUACCAUGGUGUUCCUGUUCUGGGUUUGCCCCUCCUAUUUGAUCAAUUUGACAAUUUACUCCGACUGAAAGUUCGCGGAGCAGCUAGGGUGGUGGAGCUCCGAUCACUGACCAAAGACAAUUUCCUGGAGGCUCUAAAGGACAUCUUGGAGAAUCCAUCUUAUCGGGAAAACAGCCAACAUCUCUCUCAGCUACACCGUGACCGACCAAUGUCUCCAAUGGACACAGCCAUCUUCUGGAUAGAGUACGUCAUCAGGAACAAAGGAGCCGCCCACCUGCAGUCCGCAGGUUUCGAUCUGCCUUGGUAUUCCUACUUCUGCCUAGAUGUAGCAGUCUUUGUAUUGGUCGUAUCUGGAACCUCCAUCUGGGGUUUCAUGUUUAUCUGUAGGUUACUCUGCUGUAAGAGGUCCAGCAAGAAGAUCAAACCAGAGUAAUUCAUCAAAGAUACUCUCUCAUUCAAUCACAAGAACUGGGAGACAAACAUUUUCCUGCACUACAAUAACUAAACAUAUUUCUGCUAUUUUUUUUUAAGUUAAUAUUUUUAUUUUAAUGUGGAAUUCAGUAAGAUGUGAAAUAUUCCAUGUGUGGUAACCCGUGUAUUGUACUGUUGUGUUGUGAACGAUUAUGUGUUUCAAGUAUUGAAUGUGAAAGUAGACACUAUUAGGAUAGCUGUAAAAAUUUUUGAUAUUUUUGAAGAAUAUGAUUCAGGAAUAACAAAAGAAUCUAUUUUAUUGGAUGUAAAAUGUAUUUUUUCUCUUAUAUAAGAUCAAGUUUGCUUCUGAUUGGUUUAUCUGCAUGAGCUAAGCAGCCCCUGGCUAAUAUUACUUAAGCUUUUAAUACACCCUUUUCCUUCAGCUUGGGAUACUUUUUAGCACCAUGCUACACCACAUUUUGUCUAUUUUUUUUAUCUCUAAAAGAUACAUUUUCUCCAUUUAUCCCAGAUGUAUGUCCACUGUCAUAAUUAUCUAAAAGUUAGUGUCAUUAAUCCUAAAGCACUAACCAUAAACAUUAGCACUACUAAUGCUAAAGCACAAUAUUAACAUAGUACAUAGAAGAAGCUAACGCUAAACCACUAAAUUCAAGCAUAUCUAAUAAUAGUCACCUUAUACCUACGAAACAACGUGAUAUAACGUAGUAUAUUGUCUUCAACAGGGUCAAAUGUGUUAUAAGACAAGACCUUUCACUGAUGGAUCAGACUCCUAGUUGAAUAUUGCUCCUGAUUUUAACCAAUUGACCCAAUUGCACUUCAUCACAGGUGGAGAACACGAGGACAGAAAAUGGAACUGCUGCCUCAACAGUCUUCAACUAUUUCAAAAGAAGAGCACAAAUAUAAAUUUCUAGCUACUUGGAGAAUUCUUAGUAGUCGACAAUCAAAACUACAGCACAAAUGUCAAACUUAAAUCAAAUGAAAGUUUACAAAACAGCCAAGUAAAGUUAUUUGGAAAAAUUAAUUUAGGGUUUGCUAAUAGUGCUGUUAGCAAAGAAGAGCUAAACAAACAACUAACUCCGCUAUUAGCGCAUUAGCAGCAGUGUGCCCACUGAAAACACUGUUCCUUUCAUAUCCAUCCUGAUUUUGAAUCCACAUUAAAGAACCAGCAGGGGCGUGUUGUGGUGGCGCAGGGGGUUAGCAUGUCCCACUCAGUCCUCGAUGUGGACUUCGCGGGUUUGACUCCCGGUCCCGGCGACCUUUACCGCAUGUCCUCCUCGCCCUCUUUCCUGUCUGCCUACUGUCGCAAAAAAUACGAGCCACUGGCGCCACAAAAACUCUUUGGAGAAAAAAAUGGAAAAAAAAUGAAAAAGAACCAUCAAUGACGUCUUGUUGGUCUCAGAGUGAUUUUUUUUUUCAACUAAAACAGCGACUAGUCCAGAGAUUUUUUAAUUCAGACAAGAAAUGUAACUGAUAGACACACAUCUGGAGAAAUCUAUUAAGGCGAGUCCUGAUUUUAUACCAAGUCUUUAUCAUGCUUAGAUUUAGAUGAAAACUUUAAUCUCAACAUUAAACCAUAAAACCUCAUUAGAUUCAUAAGGGAUCAGUAAAUUUAAUUAAAUUGUUGUUUGAAUGUUCAUUUGCUCAUUACUGAACUACCAUAUUUACUUCUUAAGUGUAAAUAUAGAAAAUAAUUUGUAAAUCUUAUUGUGCUUGGUUUUUUUUUUGUUUACUUAUUUAAUCAUUGUGUGGUAAGUUUGAUUAUUAGUUACUGUAAUUAUUAAUAGUUGCUUCCGUUGAUUCUUCUUACUUUCUCAGCUAAAAUUAAAUGAUCUUUGGUUCUUUUAAAUAAAUCCUGAGAAUAACAGGGAAUCUUUGUGUGUUAUAUGUUCCCGUGCAAU